UAUGUUUUCGUAGGUUCCUUGCGUUACAACUCGACCGUUUAUCCUCGUCCCUGCCUUGAGUCUCCAUGUUCCUGCAGUGUCUGUAAUGGUUCCAAGCCCGCGGGAGCGAGCGAAGGCCAUGCAAGGUAUGGCUGUUCAUCUGUUCCCAGCAAAGCAGAGUGCAGAAUGGAUGGAAAAGUUAAGAAACAGAAGAAGCACCAGCAGAAGCACAGCGGACCAAAAGCAGAGAAGAAGAAGCUCAAGAAACCAGGAGGAUCAGUAGAAGAUGAGCGCAAACGCAACCCCAAAGCAUUUUCGGUCCAGUCGGCCGUACGGAUGGCCAAGACCUUCCACAGAGCCCAGGAUAUAAAAACUAAAAAACACCACAUCCCUCUGGUGGACCGAACUCCCCUGGAUCCUCCUCCAGUUGUCAUUGUAGUUGUUGGACCCCCCAAGGUGGGAAAGAGUACCCUGAUCCGCUGUCUGAUUAAGAAUUUCACCAGACAAAAGCUUGGAGACAUAUGUGGACCUGUGACCAUCGUUUCUGGCAAGAAGCGUCGGCUGACCUUUAUGGAGUGCAACAACGACAUAAACACCAUGAUUGACCUUGCUAAGGUUGCGGACCUUGUGUUGAUGCUGAUUGAUGCCAGCUUCGGCUUUGAGAUGGAGACAUUCGAGUUCCUCAACAUUUGUCAGGUUCAUGGUUUCCCUCGUAUAAUGGGUGUCCUGACUCACUUGGAUUCAUUCAAGAACAACAAGUCGCUCAGGAAGACGAAGAAGAACCUCAAACACCGCUUCUGGACAGAGGUGUACCAGGGAGCCAAACUGUUCUAUCUGUCCGGGAUGGUGUACGGAGAGUACCAGACCCAGGAGGUGAAGAACCUGGGCCGCUUCAUCUCAGUCAUGAAGUUUCGUCCGUUGGUGUGGCAAACCUCUCAUCCUUAUGUGCUGGUUGACCGUAUGGAGGAUUUAACAGAUCCUGAGAAGGUCAGGACGGAUCCCAAAUGUGACCGGACUGUGUCUCUCUACGGCUACCUGAGAGGGGCACAUUUGAAAAACAAAGGCCAGGUCCAUGUCCCAGGUGUUGGAGACUUUCAGGUGAGUGAUGUGAACUUCCUGCCUGACCCAUGUCCACUGCCAGAUGCUCAGAAGAAGAGAGCUUUGAAUGAGAAGGAGCGUCUGCUUUAUGCCCCCAUGGCUGGGGUCGGAGGGGUCGUAUAUGACAAGGAUGCUGUCUACAUCGAUCUGCCCGCCAGCCACGUCAAUCAGCUGCAGGAGGAGGUGCAUCCCACCACUGAGUUGGUCCAGUCUCUCAUUGAGACGCAUGCUACUCUGGACACCAAGAUGGCUGCCAGUAAGGUGUCUCUGUUUAGUGGCUCAGCCACUUUGGACCCUGCAGACAUCAGCGAACAGACCAGGGAGCGGGAGAGACUUGAGGAAGAAUGUGUCUGGGAUCCGACCACCCAAAGAGAGCGAAGGAAGGUGAUCUUCACUGAGAAGGAAGAGGAAGAUGAUGUCAGCGGGGAGAGUGACAGUGAGGAGGAUGACAGCGAAGGAAGUGACCAGGCUAAUGAUGAAGAUGAGCCUUCACAGGUAGAAGCAGGCCGUAAAGCGAAGGCAGCAGGAGGCGCUCCACCUGAGAAGAAACAGAAAGUGGAGGCAGAGGCAGGAAGGACAGAAAGCUCUGCUGAGAUGCCAGCUUUUGCAGACAGUGAGGAUGACCUGGAGAUGAGUGAGGAGGAAGGUGAUGCAGGGACACCAGGAGAUUCUGGGCACAGUUCUGAAGAGGAGGAUGACCCUACUGAAUAUGAAUGCGGAGCAACUGAGGACCUGUGGAAGAAGCACUCUGAAAGAGAGUGUGAGGAGGAGGAGGAGGAGCAGGGUUCUCUUAGAUGGAAGGAGGGUCUGCAGCAGAAGGCAGCAGAGGCGUUCCUACGGCAACAGGAAGCUGCCCCAAAUUUGAGAAAACUUGUUUAUGGUUCAGUUGUCGAAGUGCAGGAGCCUGAGGAAGAGGAGGAGGAACUGGGGGGGCUGUUCAGAGUCAGUCGGCCUCAGAAAAGCAAGAAGGUCCAGGCGAAUGCUCCAGACUGUUCCCAUUUCAAGCCCGACAACCACCACAACUGGGAUGUCGAAGAGAUGCUGGACUCCAUCAGGGAUUGUUUUGUUACAGGGAAGUGGGAGGAAGGCCAGGAUGCAGCCACACUGCUGAGACAAGAUGAGGAGCUGUAUGGUGACUUUGAAGAUCUGCAAACAGGAGAAGUCCACAUGAGCCAAACUGAGAAUGCAGAGGAUGAUGAUGAUGAAGAGGAAGAGAUCCAGGUGAAGAUGGAUGAUGAGGAGGUUCAGAAAAACAAACGCUUGGAAAAAAAACGCCGGCUGAAGGAACGGUUUGAUGCAGACUAUGAUGAUGAUGAUGCUACAUACUUUGAUGACCUGAAGGAGGAGAUGCAGAAGCAGGCAGAGCUGAACAGAGCAGCAUUUCAGGACAUGGAUGAUGAGAGCAGAGUCCAGUAUGAAGGCUUCCGGCCGGGAAUGUACAUCCGAGUGGAAAUCUGCUCUUUGCCCUGUGAGUUUGUAAAAAACUUUGACCCCCAUUAUCCCAUCAUCCUUGGCGGCCUGGGCUCCAGCGAAGGUAACAUAGGAUUUCUUCAGAUGCGCCUGAAGAAGCACAGAUGGUAUAACCGUAUCCUGAAGACAAAGGAUCCCCUCAUCUUUUCCUUAGGCUGGCGCCGCUUCCAGACCAUCCCUCUGUAUCACAUCGAGGAUCACAAUGGACGCCAUCGCCUGCUCAAAUACACGCCACAGCACAUGCACUGUGGAGCCUCCAUCUGGGGUCCGAUCACACCACAGGGUUCUGGUUUCCUGGCUGUUCAGUCGGUGACAGGAAGUAAAGCCACUUUUCGCAUUGCGGCCACUGGUGUUGUUCUGGAUCUGGACAAAUCAGUGACUAUAGUGAAGAAGCUCAAGCUGAUUGGAUAUCCAUUCAAGAUCUUCAAGAACACUUGCUUUGUGAAGGGAAUGUUCAACACAGUUCUGGAGGUGGCCAAGUUUGAAGGGGCCUCUGUACAAACAGUGUCGGGCAUCAGGGGCCAGAUUAAGAAGGCUCUGUCUUCACCGACAGGAGCUUUCAGAGCCACAUUUGAGGACCGGCUGCUCAUGAGUGACAUUGUGUUCCUGCGCUCCUGGUAUCCAGUGUCGGUUCCUCAGCUCUACAACCCCGUCACCUCUCUGCUGCUGCCUGCUGGUCAGAAAGACAGCUGGUCAGGCAUGAGAACCCUUGGCCAGCUCAAACACGACCUUGGCAUCCGCAACCAACCCAAGGCUGACUCUCUGUACAAGCCAAUAGUCCGAGCAAAGAGGCACUUCAAUCCGCUUCAUGUUCCCAAGGAGCUUCAGAAGGCCCUCCCCUUCAAGAGUAAACCCAAACAGCAGCAGCCCAAAGGAAGGACCCCGAGAGACCUCCAGAGGCCCAGCGUAAUCAGAGAGCCCCACGAGAGGAAGGUGGCAGCAUUGCUUCAUGCUCUGAGCACCGUCCACAAUUACACGAGGAAGAAGGCCCAUACGGUGCAGCAUGCCAAACAUAAAGAGUUCCUUCAGCAAAAGGAGAAAGAUGAGGAGGCAAAGCUGAAGAGGCAGAGGGAGGCAAAGAAAAAGCUGUACCGGGUGAUGGGUCAGAUGGACCAGAAGAAGCAGCGGUCCAGUCUGACAGGGGCGACAAAAGACGACUAGUUAACUGCAACUGUGUAGACUCUGGAGAACCACACUGGGACACUUGGAUUGUGUCUGACAGCUUUGAUGGACUGUUAAUUUUGCUUUGGAAACAAAUGUUUGUAUAAAAUAAAAGCUUCUCAGCUCAGA